UCAAGUUGGAGAGAGAGAGAUGUCAUUGAGUGGUAAAAGAGUUGUUCAGGUUGAGAUCAAGUCGAGGGGUGAUGUUUUUCACGAGUUAUGGAAGUCCAACCCACACCAAAUUCCGAGCUUGACCCCCACCAACAUCCAAAACUGUCAAACCCAUGACGGUGAAGUUGGAUCCGUGGGCUCAGUUCUCUUCUGGAACUAUUCUCUUGAUGGAAAAGACUGUGUUGUAAAAACCCUAGUCAAGGACAUCAAUGAAGCCAAAAAGUCGGUCACCUUUGAGGUAAUUGAAGGCGAUCUUCUGGAACAAUAUAAGACCUUUGUUUUGCACAUUCAUGUAGACAAACAUGGCGUAAACAACCUCGUCACAUGGACCGUUGAGUACGAGAAGCUGAACCCUAAUGUUCCUGAUCCGGACUCACUUAUGGAAUUCUAUAAGAAGGUGGCCAAAGACAUAGAAACUCACCAUCUCAAGAACUAAAUGAAGAAGAAAGUAUCAAGUCAUAUUCGUCACCAAUAUAGGUGACUCUAAAUAAAUGAAUUUGGCUGUGUUUGACUGUUUGAGAUUUCCCAUCUUGUGUAUGUUAUGUUUGCUGGUUGCUUCUAUUUGUAAAAAUUCAUGUUGUUUUAAUCGUAAUAUUAAUAUAGAAACCCCUCUUUUGUA